AUGAUUGCGCAAUCCAUCAGGGCCUCGCGCCAGGCGCUCGUCCGCGUCGCCCGGCAACAACCUGCCUACGUCGCUCGCCGCACCUUCAUCACCCCCACCGCCGUCCGAUCAGCCGACCUGGUGCAGGACAUGUACCUUCGCGAGCUUAAGAACUACAAGGUCCCGCAAGUCAAGGCCUCUGACGCCGAGGGCCAGGUCAAGAAGUUCGCCAUCCCCAAGGCCCCCGCAUCUCCCGAGGAGACGGACAUUGCGAGCGAGCUCAAGGCAUACGAGACACAGACUGUUGAGGUUGAGGGCGCUUCAUCCGAGGACGGCGAGGUCCUGCCCCAGGAGGACUGGUUUGAGGAGGAGGAUGAGAGCAUCACCACCGCCGGUGCUACCCACUAG